AAUGGACAGACAGUGUGAAACUAUAAUUAUUAUUGAACAAUUGGUUUCCAACAGCGGACGAAUGUUAUUUUUGCGUUUAGUUCCAUUUAUUGCCCUUAUUGGCAUAAUAUCUAUAACUGCCGAUCUUGAGUUCAAUAAUGUUAACUGUUUCACUUAUGAUAAAAAGUUUUUGGAAUACGAGUAUUGUUACUUGAAGGCCGUAAAUCGGACCUACAAAUACUUUUCGGUGAAAGCUGUUCUCCAUAAGUUGCCCAUUCGAAAUGGCAAGGUUGUAAAGCGUGACACCCGUUACAUAUUCGAGCAUUUUAAUGGCAGCAUAAAUGCCUGCAAAUUUUUGAGAGAUCGGAAGAAUCCAUUCGCCAGUCUUAUAUACAGUACAUUUGCACCAUAUUCGAAUAUGAAUCACACAUGCCCCUUCAAUCACGACAUAAUACUGGACAAGCUACCAGUACAAUAUGUGAACAGUGUUGUAAAGAAUUUGAUUCCCGGCGGACGAUAUAUGUUGAAUCUAACGUUUUAUAAUGAUGAUAUUGCACGCACUGACGUCAUCGUCUACUUUACAAAAACAUAA